AUGUCCGGAUUUUCAUGGAAGAAGCUGUUUUCCACCAUUUCCUGCAAACCGUUGGCGAACUGGAUCACCUCCAAAGUGGCCUUUCACCCUCCAGAGCCAACGUACACGCUGCAGGAGACUGAGGCCUCUCAGGCCCAUGACCUUCCUCCUGUGUGCAAACUACACCUGUCAGAGAGUGCUAACUGGCCAUACUCCCAGCAGAUACUGGAUGAGAUGGAGACAUUCUACUGUACCACCAAGCAUGGUAACAGCCUGAGCUGCAUGUACAUCCGCUGCGCCCCUGGGAGCCGGUACACCAUACUUUACUCCCAUGCCAAUGCUUGUGACCUAGGCGAGAUGUGCAGCAGCUACUAUGACCUCGGCUCAAAGAUCGGAUGCAAUAUUUUCUCGUAUGAUUACUCAGGCUACGGGGCGAGCAGCGGCAAGCCGAGCGAGGAAAACUUAUACGCUGACAUCGAGGCAGCCUGGCACGCCCUGAGGACCCGAUAUGGAGUCCCGGCUGAGAAGAUCAUCCUGUAUGGGCAGAGCAUUGGGACGGCAGCUGCAGUGGACCUUGCCACCCGCUACAAAUGCGCUGCAGUAAUCCUGCACUCACCGCUCAUGUCAGGGUUAUGGGUCUUUUCUCCUAACAUACGGAGGACCUGCUGCUGUGACCCCUUUCCCAGUAUCAACAAAAUCUCUAAGGUGACCUGUCCGCUGCUCAUCAUUCAUGGCACAGAAGAUGAGAUUGUGGACUUUAGCCUAGAGAUGAGCGCCUGA